GCUCUGCGCGGUUAUCCUCCUUGCUUCGUUCUGCUAUAGUAUAAGAGUUUCUUCUCUUCUUUCUCGCGCCGCUCUGCCUCUGCCCUCCGCGGACGCCGCCAUUGCCGUCCAUCAGCCGGGUGAACAGCUCUGUGUACUCUCUCCGCCUCCGUCCGUCACCGCGGCAGAUUUGCCUGUCGAAUUCAGUAGAGUACGCGAUUUGUUGCUCGUCUUCCAACUCCCUGUCCGUAGUGCCGUUUCCAAGAGUGCCUGCGUGAGGUGAGGGUCGACGGAGCGGUCGCACACGUGCCCGAGCGGCGCGACCGUGUGCUGCGGGAGGUCUGGACUCCGCUGUAGGCCAGCGGGCGCCCACUGCCGCCCAAAUAUUCCUUCAGUUUACCUUCUCUGACCACAUUGGUAUCUGUGGUUAGACACGGACACCACCGCUCCUAUAAAAAAACUUGGGAAGGCCAGGGGUCGAUCCCGAAGGAAGGAGCACGAACGUAACCGCCCAGCCCAGAGGCCCCAGACCUCAUAUAUCGGCCAAGGCCAGGGGCCGAGAGCAGAGCAUACAGCAGAGAACGAGACAAACAAUGGAGCAUCGCGUCUCGUCGUCGUCGUCGCUCCGGCUCUGCUGCGUCCUGCUGCUCUCGCUCUUCUCAGUGGGCACAGUGUCGGCGCAGCAAAAGUUCGGCAUCAACUACGGGCAGAUCGCCAACAACCUGCCGGACCCGACGCAGGUGGCGAGCCUGCUGCGGUCCAUGAACGUCAACAGGGUGAAGCUCUACGACGCGGACCCCAAGGUGCUCACGGCGUUCGCCAACACGGGCGUGGAGUUCAUCAUCUCCGUGGGCAAUGAGAACCUGCAGACCAUGGCCAGCAGCCCCGGCGCGGCGCGGCAGUGGGUCGCGCAGCACGUGCAGCCCUUCAUCCCGGCCACACGCAUCACCGGCAUCAUCGUCGGCAACGAGGUGCUGGGCAACAACGACACCACCAUGGCGGCCAGCCUCGUGCCGGCCAUGCAGGCGGUCUACGACGCGCUCGCCGCGCUCGGGCUCAGCGGCCAGGUGACGGUCUCGUCGGCGCACUCGGUGAACGUGCUCGCCAGCAGCUUCCCGCCGUCGUCCGGCACGUUCCAGGAGGGCGUGGCGCAGUACGUGAAGCCGCUGCUCGACUUCCACAGCAAGACGGGCUCCCCGUUCCUCAUCAACGCCUACCCCUUCUUCGCCUACAAGGGGAGCCCCGGGAGCGUGUCGCUGCCGUACGUGCUGUUCCAGCCCAACGCCGGCGUGCGCGACGGCGGCCUCGUCUACGACAACAUGCUGUACGCGCAGAUCGACGCGGUGUACGCGGCCAUGAAGGCCAUGGGGCACACGGACAUCGGUGUGCGGAUCUCGGAGACGGGGUGGCCGUCCAAGGGGGACGAGGACGAGGUGGGCGCCACCGCGCAGAACGCCGCGGCCUACAACGGCAACCUCAUGCAGCGGAUCGCCAGGGGCCAGGGCACGCCGCUCAAGCCCAACGUGCCCAUCGACGUGUUCGUGUUCGCGCUCUUCAACGAGAACAUGAAGCCCGGGCCGGCGUCAGAAAGAAACUACGGGCUGUUCUACCCCAACGGGUCGCCGGUGUACGCGAUCAACGCCGGCACCGCCGGCUCCGGCUCCAGCUCCGGCGACGGCGGGGGUUCGUCGGUGGGGAGGUUCGACCCGUACUCGUCGCAGUCCAUGUUCUCGUCCGCGUCCAGAUUGGCGGUAAGAAGAACGUUAUCUUCUUUGACGCUACUGCUGGUAUUGCCCGUGCUGUCAGCAUUGGCAUGCUGAUUGAUUAAAUUAAACUAGUGAUUCAUCACCAUUCAUUGUAUACGGAAGCAUGUAAAUCAGUUAUGGGGCAGGCCGAGAUUCGGAAAUUCGGCACGAUGGCGAUGUCUGUCCCGGAAAGUUUUUCCUUUCUCUGAUUA